AUGUCUGCAGAAUCAACACACAGCAUCACGAGCGAUAUAUCGUCGAUAAUAACCAUGCCAUCAACAGUAGAAGGAUCAGAAAAUUUGGUAACGAAAUUCCGUAUUAAGAAGCCAAGCAUUUCGCGUUCUACUACGCCACAAAUUGAUUUUGAUAAGUUGACAAGUUGUGUAAGAUGUAGAAAAUUAAAGAAAAAGUGUAGCAAGAACACACCUGAGUGCCUUAAUUGUGAUAAAGCUGGAGAGUCAUGUACUUAUGUUCCAAGAAAGAAAAGAAAAUCUAAGAAGGGUUCUGAAGAAGUUGAGGAAGCAUCAUCAUCCUCAAUGUCUGGAACUAGAUCAAUCUCUCGUUCAUUAGAGACUGUUGGCAUUCAAGAAUAUACGUUUGUCCAAAACAACUUAAAAUCUGAGAGUCAGGUUCCAUUAAACUCCCCCGUCGUUCAAAGUAGUACGGUAUUAAAUCCUAUUGAUGCUCGAGCUCCAGAUUUUCAUUCUUAUCCCAAACAAAUUUCCAAGAUUUUGAUAAGUGCAGUUGGGAUAAACACAAAUUCUAAUGUUAGUAUUAUCCCUCCGAUUAUCGAUAAAGAAUUGUUAUCUUUAAUUAUUAACGCUUUCUUCCUUCAUAAUUAUAGAGCGUGUCCUGUGAUAAACAAACGUCAGUUCCUUAAUCAGUUUAACAAAUUAUUUGAAAAUGAUAAAGUUGAUCUAGAUGAUUUUGAUGAUAAAUUCGAGUUGUACAUAGUACUCGCCAUUGGAAGUACAGGAUUAGAAAGAUCCGGGGUUAUUAAUAGAGAGAAGAAGAUUUCUGAGUUUUUCGUUAGUAAAGCCUUGAAUCAUGUUCAUAAUAAUCUAUCGAGUAAUGAUCUUAAGAAUGUUAAAUAUCUAGUUCUUUUAGGAUUAUAUUCAUUUUUUGAUCCAUCUGAAUUCACUGCUUGGGAAAUAAUGGGUAAAGUCACUAGACUUGCAAUCCAUCUUGGUUUAAAUAAAGCGAUCUCAGAACUUGAGGCAAAAAAUUUGACUCCUAGACAAGUCGAAUUUAGAUCCCGUUUAUUCUGGAGUGUCUAUAUGCUUGACAGAUUAACUUGUGUGUCGCUAGGUCGACCAGUUGCGAUUAGUGACGAUGACAUAAACACUCCAUUGCCAGUGUUAUUAGACGACGAUCAUGAAGACAUAGAUAUAAACCAUCUCCUAUUAGGUUUAAGAAGAAUCGAAGGUCAAAUUCUCCGUCGAGUCCACUCGGUGAGUACUCAUAAGCACAUAUGUAUCAAGAACAAACCCAAAGAAGUGUACCGAGACGAAGUCUUAUCCGAGCUCAGAACUGAAAUUGAUGAAUGGUAUACGGAAGCAGGAUCAAUCAAUACUCCUACAUCGAGGGUUUCAUUCCAUUCACUGAUUCCAUGGUAUAGUGCAAGAUACCAUCAUUUGUUAAUCUUGCUAUAUCGCCCAUCAUAUUUGAAUCCUACGCCUUCUCCUAGUAUGCUUGAAAUUCUCGGGAAUUCCUGUCUUGAAACAUUAGCAUCUACCUAUAAGUUAUACAUUGCAAAACUCCUUCCUUUAAAUUGGACAACCUUGUAUCGAUUCCUCAUGGUUUGUACUACCAUGCUUUAUUGUCUCUGUAAAUGGACAAUUGAUUUAGUUGAAUCAAAAACUGAGAUUUGUUAUUGUAUAGAAAUCUUACAAGCUUUUGGUAGUGAUUGGAUUGUGGCUAAGAAAUGUGCUGAAGUAUUUAAACAAAUUGAGAAUAAAUUGUUAGAAAUUACUUUAACUAGCAGUGGUAAUACAGAUAUGGAUAACUUGUCCCGUGAGCUCUUAGGUGCUAGUAGUUCAUAUCAUGAAAUAUUAAAUGUUCAUUCAGUUGAUAUUUCAUUUGAGAAUGAAUUCUUACAAACAACAACUUCUUAA